AGCACUCGUCACAUUUUACUCCACCUUGUUCUACCCGUAGCCUUCCGCUUUUUCAUACCAGAAUUUUCAGGCCUCCAACCUUCAAGCUUCAUUCAUCAUAACCAACCCGAACCGAGCAAGUAGUCAUCGGCAUAACGAUUUACAAUUACGCCUCCUCUAUCACUCAACACCAACUCUCGCCUACGAUCCUCUAUAAAGCGCAGUCUCGCCCCCCGACCACAAGCACCGCUUUUAAUUCACGCGCCACUCGAUUACAAACUCCUGCGACCGCGAUUCUUGCGUUGCCUCCGAUUGUCGCAAAGCAACAUCAGUCACUCACAGGCACCAUGAGUGUCGCAUUCGAACCUCGUAACUUUAUUCAUGAUGGGAGCUAUCCUCCCAUCGGCGACGACCACGAUCAUGGUGCGGACCAAAGAUUUACAGACAGUGAUGUCGCCGAGCAACUCAGUCAUUACACAACCGAGGCGUCCAUGCUUCCGGAUUCCACAGGCGUUCUGGGAGAUGAUAGAGGGAUGAUGCCAGAGGAUGCUGCUGCUGUCCAGGAAGCAACCCGACUCGACCUAGGACCCCAUACGUUCCCGUCCCCGAUCGAGGCCGCUAUGCAAGCACCAUCACUCGACCCUCUACCCGACGACAAAGAUCUUUCCCCGAGUAUCGAAUCUCCUCCUCCUUCGGCUUCUCGAGUGAAGUCCAUUCCAAAGCCCGAGAGAGAAGCGGUAAAGGGCGCCGACGGCAAGUUUCACUGUACCUUGGACGAUUGUAAGGAAGAAGUCCGAGUAUUUUCGCGCAAAUGCGAGUGGAACAAGCACAUGGACAAGCAUGAACGGCCGUACCGAUGCCCUGCCGAGGGAUGCGAAAAUCUCCCCGGUUUCACAUACUCUGGCGGUUUGCUUCGGCAUGAACGAGAGGUUCAUGGCAAACAUGGAGGACCCAAGAACACGGUCAACUGUCCUCAUCCCAACUGCAAGCGACACACCGGCAAGGGAUUCUCAAGACAGGAGAACCUGAACGAGCACCUACGUCGGGUUCAUACCAAUCCUGAUGGAUCUACUCCUACCGAAAUCGUUCAAUCACCCGGCGACAACGACAGCGAAAAGACAGGCAUGAAGCGCAAACGCCACUCGAGCGAGCAGGCCACUGAGGAGCUGACUGAACUCAGAGAAGAAGUCAAACGCCUGAAGGAGGAGAAUGAGAAGCUGAGGGCUGAGAUGAACCAAAACUCCCAACAUUCUCUGUCUAUGAUGGCCCAGAUCGCCGAGUUGCAGGACGCUCUGCGUGAAGGUCUCGGACAUACCCUGGGAGCUCCCACUGCACAGAUGAUCUAGGAUCCAAUCUUGCCUUUGGCAGUCCCUAACUUCAAUGGACCAUAAGCAGGAGAUCAAGGUCUGAGCAUCAUGACAAGCGAUCUGGACCAGG